AUGUCAGGGGUAAGAGAAGAGGAUGAGGAGGAAAAGCACGAUAAGCAGCAGCCAGAGGCCAGCGCUGAUCAUGAUCAUCAGCAGCAGCAAGAGACGCCAUCUAGCGGCAGGAAAGAAGUCGCCAAACUGUCAUGGCGCAUCAAAGUGUGCUACGGACUGGGCCACGUGUGGAACGACUUGUGUGCCUCGCUUUGGUUCACGUAUUUGCUCUUGUUCCUCAAGUUCGCCCUGGGCUUCGACGACAACUCGGCCGGUGUGUUGAUGUUGGUGGGCCAGGUGGCUGAUGCCGUGGCCACGCCGCUGGCUGGCCUGCAGCUGGACAAGAAGUACUCGGCCGAGGCCCUGGCUCGCUGCUGCAACUACGGCCAUCGCAAGACCUGGCAUCUCAUCGGUAGGUGGGCCAGGUGGCCGAUGCCGUGGCCACGCCGCUGGCUGGCCUGCAGCUGGACAAGAAGUACUCGGCCGAGGCCCUGGCUCGCUGCUGCAACUACGGCCAUCGCAAGACCUGGCAUCUCAUCGAUUGCCCACCUGUCCCUCAUCCCGUGUCUCACGCACUGUCAGCACCAGCGCACAGAGCUCAAUGCGAUUCGCUAUGGUUUCACUGUGCUGGCCAACAUGGCCGUCUACAUCAUUGCUUGGAUAGUGCUGGGCCUGGCUGACCGUGACGGCGGCGAGGGCAACACUCGCAUCUCCAAGCAAGACACUACUAGUUUCCGAAACAUCUCCCUCAUCUCUUCUGGAAUCGGCGCGCUUUUCACACUCUUGUUCCACAUUGGCGUCCGAGAAGAACCCCUGGCCACACGCAGCAGCCUGGCAUCAGCAGCCGCCCUCAAAGAAGCCUCAUCCUCAACAACAACCAUAUCAUCAACAUCAGCCGAAAGAUCACCAUCAGGCACCAAUAAUAAACCCACGAACCCACCAGCACCACCAGCAGGGCCACCAGCUAACAUCUCCCUCAUCUCUUCUGGAAUCGGCGCGCUUUUCACACUCUUGUUCCACAUUGGCGUCCGAGAAGAACCCCUGGCCACACGCAGCAGCCUGGCAUCAGCAGCCGCCCUCAAAGAAGCCUCAUCCUCAACAACAACCAUAUCAUCAACAUCAGCCGAAAGAUCACCAUCAGGCACCGCCAUCAACACCAAUAAUAAACCCACGAACCCACCAGCACCACCAGCAGGGCCACCAGCUGUUCGCAGGGUCAAGUUCUACGAGUGGUUCUGCACCCGGGAAUUCUACGAAGUCGGUUGGGUGUAUCAAACAACUCGCUUGCUUUUCAACGUGUCCCAGGUGUACAUGACGCUGUAUUUGCAAGAGACGCUUUCGUUGGGGCCUCAGAGCGUAGCUAUUAUCCCACUGGUGAUGUUUUGCAGUGGCCUGGCGGCCACGCUGUUUCUCAAGUGGCUGAAUCAGCGGUUGGGCAGGAAGCCGGCGUUUACGAUCGGGUUCUCCUUGGGCAUGGCGGCCGCCAUUUGGAUUUGGACCGGUGGCACUGCGCGGACGCAGUACAAAGAGGCGAGUCAAACCAAUGGGGGCUUCAUUUAUGGUGCCAUGAGCUUUGCAGACAAGAUGGCGAGUGGACUGGCCAUCAUGCUCAUCCAGUACCUGAACCCGUGCCAAAACGCUGCUGAUUGCCCAGCUUCCAACCCAUUCCCAGGUACAACCCUGGUGGUGGGUUGCGGUGGGUCAGCCUUGUUGGGCAUGUUGGGGGUUCUGGUCAUGAAGGACUACAACCAUGAUGUUGGGCUGUUCCAAGCCAAACCCACCCCUCAGGCAGUUGAUCCUGGCAAGUCCUGCAGCUACUCAAAUCCAGCUUACAAAGCUGAUGUAAAUGAGGAGUCAGCAGUGUCAGCCAAGAAUCAGAAUGAGCUGAGUCAAAGGGAUCACCAUCAAAACAACAGCACAGAGCUGGUCACAUGAGAGCCAUUGUACAAACCAAUUUAUUUUUUCUCUUUGGGUUCCUGUGGCAUAUUUUUUGUCCCCCUGGGAUGUAUGCAUUUUUUUUAUUUACUCAUUGCAUCUCAAGGCCAUGGAUCAUAAAUAAACCUUGCAAACUUGACAGUCCAUUGUUUUGGUUGUUGGGCACCCAUAUUGGGCAUUGAGGGUAGACAAAAUGGCAACUCCUGAUAGAAAAAACACCAAGAUGUAUUUGCAUGGUUCAAUAAUUUUACCAUUGCAUGUAAUUGCUUACAUAUAUUUCAUUUCAACUUUAUAUAUAUCUCUGUUCUAUUCCAUUGGGAAAUGUCAUAUUUUCAACAUUUUUUCUGGAACACUGUGAUUGGCAUCAAUCUGGAACAAAUUGAAUUGUGUGCAUCAAAUGCACAAGGUUAUGUGUCCAUUUGUAAUCUUAUUUCAACUCUGUUGGAAGUAUUCUUUGAACAGCUUACCAUGAAUUUAUUUGAGCCUGAGCUUCAAUUUUGACUUAACUUCAAGCAAAUUGCUGAGACUUUGAACUAGUUUAGUUACUCUGUUUCCAAAUAUCUUUUAGAAUUGACUCUUUGGUCUGCAAAAGGAAUUGACUCAUUGGUCUCUAUACCCGACUCAUGAUGCAGUUACACAUGUUUUUGAAAUUUCUGAGUGUUUCUUUCACUUUUUGGAGUGGCUGCUAGUUUUCUCUUAUCAGAUUUAUUAGGGAGAGAUUCUCUUGAAAAUUGUCUUUGUUUAUAUUUUUGAUUCAUUCUUGAAUAUGAUUGGUCUGAUCAACUUCUGGUUCAAGGUUAAUAAAAUUGUCUUUGAUUGUA